CGUGUCGAGGUCCUGGCGCGCACAAUGGCCGGGGCGGGCGGUGGAGCCCGAGCCCCACCCAGUGCGGAGCGUGCCGCGGCCCGCGCAGGAGGCUGAGCGCCCCGGCCGCCGAGCGCGCCGGCGCCGGGCCAUGUACUCGGGGAACCGUAGCGGCGGCCAGGGCCACUGGGAGGGCGGCGGGGCCGCGGGCGCCGAGGGGCCGGGACCGGCGGGGACGCUCAGCCCCGCGCCGCUGUUCAGCCCGGGCACCUAUGAGCGCCUGGCGCUGCUCCUUGGCUCUAUCGGGCUGCUGGGCGUCGGCAACAACCUGCUGGUGCUUGUCCUCUACUACAAGUUCCAGCGGCUCCGCACUCCCACCCACCUCUUGCUGGUCAACAUCAGCCUCAGCGACCUGCUGGUGUCCCUCUUCGGGGUCACCUUUACCUUCGUGUCCUGCCUGAGGAACGGCUGGGUCUGGGACACCGUGGGCUGCGUGUGGGACGGGUUUAGCAGCAGCCUCUUCGGGACUGUUUCCAUUACCACCCUAACUGUGCUGGCCUAUGAACGUUAUAUUCGCGUGGUCCAUGCCAGAGUGAUCAAUUUUUCCUGGGCCUGGAGGGCCAUUACCUACAUCUGGCUGUACUCACUGGCAUGGUCUGGAGCACCUCUGCUGGGCUGGAACAGGUACAUCCUGGAUGUACACGGACUAGGCUGCUCUGUGGACUGGAAAUCCAAGGACGCCAAUGACUCCUCCUUUGUGCUUUUCUUAUUUCUUGGCUGCCUGGUGGUGCCUGUGGGCGUCAUAGCCCAUUGCUAUGGCCAUAUUCUGUAUUCCGUUCGCAUGCUUCGUUGUGUUGAAGAUCUUCAGACAAUUCAAGUGAUUAAGAUUUUAAGAUAUGAAAAGAAAGUGGCCAAAAUGUGCUUUUUAAUGAUAUCUACCUUCCUGAUCUUUUGGAUGCCUUAUAUCGUGAUCUGUUUCUUGGUGGUUAAUGGUUAUGGACACCUGGUCACUCCAACAGUCUCAAUUGUUUCAUAUCUCUUUGCUAAAUCAAGUACUGUAUAUAAUCCAGUUAUUUAUAUCUUCAUGAUAAGAAAGUUUCGAAGAUCCCUUCUGCAACUGCUAUGUUUCCGACUGCUGAGAUGCCAGAGGCCUGCUAAGGACCUACCGACCAAUGGGAGUGAAAUGCAGAUCAGACCCAUUGUGAUGUCACAAAAAGAUGGGGACAGGCCAAAGAAAAAAGUGACUUUUAAUUCUUCUUCCAUCAUUUUUAUCAUCACCAGUGAUGAAUCACUGUCAGUUGAAGACAGUGACAAAACCAGUGUGUCAAAAGUUGAUGUAAUCCAAGUCCGUCCUUUAUAGGAAGGAAUAGUGGUAAUGAAAGACAAGGCCUUGUAUUGAAAACCACUUUUAGGCUUCCAUUAUAAGGACUGUUUUGGAAUCCUCAUUCUAUGUUAAUAUUGUUGGAGAGGAAAAAUUUUCCUCUGCCCUAUAAGAUUCUUCUGGCUGGUCUAGGAAUUAAAUUAACAUCAGACAGAUUAACAGGAGAAAAAAAAAGUUUAAUUCUGUGUGCAAGGAGGCCAAGUAAUAAAAUUGAUACCCAAAGAAAUGAGCAAGGCAUGCAGCUUUCAUACGUUUUAGACAAACAGAAAUCUGUAAGGAAUUGUCAGGACAAAGAAACUUAUGUUUGGGAGCUUCAGUUAGUAGAGUUCUAAACAGAAUUUGGGCUGGGGUAGUAAUUUAGUAAAAGUAACAAGGUUUGCUUAUGUAGACUUCUUCAGCCCUGAAUUCUCUGUCUCUGAUGAUACAGAUGUCCGUCUAACCUUCUGGUGCAGGGAGGUAUCUUUCGCGUGAGAGAUUUCCUGCUUUCAGGGGAACAAAGGAAGGUCAGAGCAUCUUUUAUACACUUGCUGUUUCUUAAUAACUUGAAUUCAAAGGAAUCAUUAUGCGAUUGUGGCAUAUUUUGGGGCAGCCUACCCUAGGGCCCCACAAUAUCAACAGAACUUUUGUGGCCCAGCAGGAAGUAUGAAUUGCCCAUAUGCUUUCUGGCCACUGGAAACAACUGAGCAAGACAAAUUGUUUUAAUUCAAUGGGUGCUUUCCACAAUGAAAAACCACUUAUGGCACAAGAUGGGCAUCUGGCACCAUCAACUUCUAACAUGUUGGAAAUUUUCAUUUUGAAUAUAUUUUUUUAAAUGACACUAUUUUCCAAGGCACAUAGAUGUUUUUCUCAAAAAUACUUAGCUGUAUUUACAGCUCAAAAAUAGCUGUAAAAGUAACUUUGUAUCAUACACAUGUGAAAUCACUAGGAAAUCUCGAAUCUUCUGUAGUGUUGGAUCCUAAUCACUGUCACAUCCUAUGUUUGACCAAUCAAAUUUAUCAGAGUCAAUUCUAGGGUGACAAAGAAAUUCAGCGCCCUGGCUUCCUCCAAAACAAAAGACUUGCCAUAUAUGCAGUAUGAUAAAGAUGAGUUUCAGAUGAAUAUGCUGCUAAGCAAGCUCUAGAAGGGUUGUUAAAAAGCACACAGCAAAGAUGGUGAAUUUCAAGCUAAUCAUAGCAUCUAGGAAAUCAUACGUUAUCAGAGGGUGUACAUGAAGAAGGAUGUGUUGAUGGCAGAUAGGUAUCUCCAUCUGUUUCACUUCAAACAUAACUUGGCCAGAUUAUCCUCUCUUUUUAACAACUUGCCACAAUUUUGCCAAGAGUUUUGGGUUUAGAAAAGAAGUUCCAAGCAAAAAAUGAAACCUAAUUUGAAGGGGGUGAGAGUAAGUGUAAAACAGUACUCAUAAAGUGUAUUAUUUAAUCUCUUUUGCUCUUCAAUCAGUCUACUGGACAAUCAAUGCUCAGUGUUAGUAAAGAGGCCAUUUCCCCAUAAGUCAUUGUUUAGACUUAACAUGGAUUAUUAGAACUCAAAGAUUUCUUUGACAAUGUAAAACAGAAACUGAAUCAUUUUAUUGUAUUGCCUAGUUUUUAUUUCUUAGAUGACUAUCCCACUUAGUGGAGCAUCUACAUAAAUAAUCAUGUUUGAAAGACUUCUAAGUAAUUCAGUUGGCCUACUGAAGAAGGAAGAACCAAAGAAAAUGUUUUCACUAAAUGAAAUUUUCAAAAUCAAGUUUAUUGCUGGUUCUGCCAUAGCAAGUUAGUAAACUGCUUCUGGGAGUCUUAAAUGGAAUAAUUUCUAUGAAAACUGUCUUCCCUUAUUUCCUUUCCACUCUGUUGUAUAUAUUAUUUAAUUUGUAAAUAAAACUCUUCUUAGUCUUCACUUA